UCUCUUAUAAAUUUUCCAUAGCCUCGAACCAUAGUCAGUUCGCAGGUCCUUCGUUAUACGUAUUGUACGUCUUUUCCAUUGAGUAGCGAAUUUGCCCGUCUUACAAUAUUAAACGUGAAUUCGUUUUGCCGGGUCGUAGUAACCAAUUUAAUAUAAUGGCUCCUCCACCAUACGCAGACUUGGGAAAACAAGCUAGGGAGGUAUUUAACAGUGGCUAUCAUUUUGGUCUUUUCAAAUUGAAUUUGAAAACUAAAACUGCCUCUGGGGUUGAAUUCACUUCAGGAGGAACUUCUGAACAUGAAACUGGCAAGGUAUUUGGAUCUUUGGAGACAAAAUACAAAGUAAGUGAUUACGGUCUCACUUUUUCUGAAAAAUGGAACACAGACAAUACUUUAGCUACAGAAGUUUCCAUACAAGAUCAAAUAGCUAAAGGUUUGAAAGUAUCAUUCGACUGCUCUUUCGCACCACAAACGGGAAGCAAAACUGGUGUUUUGAAAACUGCCUUCUUACAUGAUAGUGUUGCAGUAAAUGCUGAUGUAAAUUUGAAUUUAUCAGGACCUUUGAUCAAUGCCAGCGCAGUAGUUGGUUAUCAAGGAUGGUUGGCCGGUUAUCAAACUGGAUUUGACUCUGAAAAUUCCAAGGUCACAAAGAACAACUUUGCCCUUGGAUUCUCCACAGGAGACUUUAUUUUGCACACCAAUGUUGAUGAUGGCCAGGAAUUUGGUGGCUCAAUUUAUCAAAAAGUUUCAUCAAAGUUGGAUACUGGAAUUCAAUUGAAUUGGUCUGCUGGUGCGAACAACACACGUUUUGGUAUUGGUUGUAAAUAUAAUCUGGACAAUGAUGCCUGUGUUCGUGCAAAAGUAAACAAUGUGUCACAAAUAGGGCUUGGUUAUCAACAAAAGCUUAGAGAAGGUAUCACUUUAACAUUAUCUGCUCAAAUCGAUGGUAAAAACUUCAACAGCGGUGGCCACAAAGUAGGCGCUGCAUUGGAACUAGAGGCUUAAAUUAUAAUUCUUUUGGACAACUGUUUGUAGCCGUUUAGAUGUGAAAUAAGAGUAAGAUAAAACAAGACAA